AUGCGGACCGCUUUGGAGCGGGCGAAGCAGGGGAGGCUGCACAUACUGGCACCCUUCUCCUACCUGGGGUCAGAGGAUGCGCUGGGGGACAUGGACUUCAAGGUGGCGGGCAGUGCAAGAGGGGGGGGGAGGGGUGACGUGAGUGACGGCCUGCUCUCGUUAUGCCACCCCUGCUCACAUGCACCCUUGCACCCACCCAUGCAUCCAUGCAGCCUCAUCACUUCCUUCCUUUGUUUCUUCGUUUGUUCGAUUCUCUGCUCUCUUCUCUUCUCUCCCCUCCUCUAUCCCCCUCCUCUAUCCCCUCUAUCCCCUCUAUCCCCUCGUCUCUCCCCUCCUCUCUCCCCCCCUGACUCCCCUCCUGUCUCCCCUCCUCUCUCCCCUCUUCUAUCCCCUCCUCUCUCCCUUCGUCCCUCCCAUCUUCUCUCCCCUCCUCCCCCCCCUUCUCUCUCCCCUCCUGACUCCCCCAUCCCUCCCCUCUCUCUACCCCCCCACAACAGCUGCGCGUAUAUGCGCGGUCAGAUGCAGCACUGGAACUGGGAAGGUGACUUCAUAGUCAUCAUAAUCACCCACUCCUUCCUCUCGUCCCUCUUGUCCCCCCCCUCCACCUCCCUCUCCUCCCUCUCGCCCUUCUCCUUCCUCUCCUCCUCUCGCUUUCCUCUCCCUCUCCUCCGCCUGCGCAUAUACGCGCGGUCGGAGGCGGCACUGGAGCUGGCGAGGGCGCGCAUAGAGGGGCACCUUGAACAUCCCCUCCUCCCUCUCCCCCUCAUUCACUCUCCACACCCCCCCAUUCAAUGUCUCCCCUCUCUGCGCGUAUAUGCGCGGUUGGAGGCGGCACUGGAGCUGGCGAGGGCGCAAGCUGGCAAGGGCGCGCAUAGACUGCGCAUAUAUGCGCGGUCAGAGGCGGCACUGGAACUGGCGAGGGCGCGCAUAGAGGGGCUCACCAUGGUGCCGGAAGUGGGGCAGAUCUACCGUUCAUGGGUGUCCCAAAGGGUGAGGGCGCGCAUAGAGGGGCUCAUGAUGGUGCCAGAAGUGGGGCUGAUCUACCGUAUGGGUGCAACGGAGGCGGCACUGGAACUUGCAAGGGCGCGCAUAGAGGGGCUCACCAUGGUGCCGGAAGUGGGGCAGAUCUACCGAAUUCUGAAAGCAGCCCGGUGUGUGAAUCACUUUCUAAGCAACUCAUUCUGCACCCGCUCUCCUGCCCUCUCCUCGCCCGCUUCCCCUUGCAGUGACUGUGUGGUGAAGACUGUCGUUCCUUACGGGGCUUUUGUGGAGCUCAAACCAGGGAAAGAGGAGGAGGAGGAGGAGGAGGAGGAGGAGGAGGAGGAGGAGGAGGAGGAGGAGGAGGAGGAGGAGGAGGAGGGAGGGGAGGAGGAGGAGGAGGAGGAGGAGGAGGAGGAGGAGGAGGAGGAGGAGGAGGAGGAGGAGGAGGAGGAGGAGGAGGAGGAGGAGGAGGAGGAUGGACGGACGGAGGCGGGGGAGGAGGAGGAGGAGGAGGAGGAGGAGGAGGAGGAGGAGGAGGAGGAGGAGGAGGAGGAGGAGGGAGGGAGGGAGGGGGGGGGGAGGGGGGGAGGGAAGAGGAGAGGCAGGGGCCCGCACCAGAAUGAGGAGUUUGAUGGCUCUUGUGCGCAGGCUGCGGCGCUUGAUCAUGUCGUACACUCGCCCUGGCGUGCCCGAUACCACCUGAGCGUUGCAUCAACACACAUGGCCACGCCCGCACACAUGGCCACGCCCACACACAUGGCCACGCCCGCACACAUGGCCACGCCCGCACACAUGGCCACGCCCACACACAUGGCCACGCCCACACACAUGGCCACGCCCACACACAUGGCCACGCCCACACACAUGGCCACGCCCGCACACAUGGCCACGCCCACGCACAUGGCCACGCCCACGCACAUGGCCACGCCCACACACAUGGCCACGCCCACACACAUGGCCACGCCCACACACAUGGCCACGCCCACACACAUGGCCACGCCCGCACACAUGGCCACGCCCACACACAUAACCACGCCCACACGGGCAUGCUCGCAUGGGAGGAAGGAGUGA